CCCCGCGUGCACGCGCGCUGUUUAGCGACGCUCGUCCUGUCUUCCUGCGUUUAACGCGUUUUGUUGGAAAUGCAGCGUGUGUGAAGCAUGGCGUCGCGUUCUGCAUGCGUCUGGCGUUAAUCAAUAAACAAACAAAUGAACGCGUUUUUGGUUGCGCGAUGAUGGAAAUCUGCCGCGUCGCGUCCGGACUGUGAUGGCGCGUCGCGUCGAACUCGAGAUGUGAUGUCAAGCCUCUGGAUUAAAACAUGAAUAAUGACGUCAGUCAGCAGCGCGUCGCGUCAGUGCGCAACAAAAGACGGUUGUGUGAGUCUUUAUAUGAUUUAUGUAACGCGCGACAUACAUUCACAUGUAAAGAGCGCAUGAAACAAGCAUCUCUCUCUCUCUCUCUCACACACACACACUCUCUCUCUCUCUCUCUCUCUCUCUCUCUCUUCAGACGCUGAUCAUUUAUUCUGCUUAAAGACUUUAAUUAUUCCAUUUAACCGGCUAGUGGUUCAUUCUGAGUUUAUUAAUGUCCAGCAAAUAUAUAAGUGUGUGUGUGUGUGUGUAUAUACAUACACACAUUUGCAUGUUGAGAUUAUGAUUCAAUGUUUUAAAAUAUUACAUUGUGUUGGUAAUCUUACAAAUUACAAGUUACCCUAUUUAAAAUGUAAAACAAAGUGUAACUAUUUCAGUUACUUCAUCAAAGCAAUUUAACUGAAUACAUUUGAUUACUUUCUAAAUUAUAAUUUAAAUCAUUUAAAGAUAAUCGUGUAAAGCAGUAUUCUUUAUCGAAAACUCCUGAAACAUCGGUGUCUCAUAUUUUAGAGCAGUCAAUGCAAUUUAUGAAAGAAAUCAAUUCAAUCUGUGUGUGGGUGUGUGAAGAAUUCAGAUGUGACCCGCUUUGUAAUCAUUAACAUUUUCAUAUGUAACUAUAAUUUAAUUAAAAAUGUUUUUUUUCCAUUAAUUAAAGUAAUUAAAUGAAGUAAUUCCGUUACAUGUAACUAGUUACUCCCCGACACUGUAAAUAUAUAUAUAUAUAUAUAUAUAUAAAGGUUAUACAAGAUCUCCUCCAUGAAUAGCUCACUGGAGCGCUGUGUGUGUUCUGUGUGCAGCUGCAGUGCUUAUAGACUCUGCUGUCCUACUUUCUGCAGUUAUCAGCACCACAGCAUCCUCCAUCAAUCCCAUAAUGCCCCAGUGACAUCAGCGGGCAUCUCUGGCUCUGCUCUCUCUGUGUGUGUGUGUAUGUGUGUGUGUGUGCUCAGUUUCCCAGCAUCACUCAUGCACAGGAAGCACAGAGUCGCUGGUUAAUGGUCAGUGUGUGUGCGGUCAGGGAGUUAAACAGCUGUAAUGAAUGCUGAAUCAAGCACAGCAGGACUGUUUAUGGCUUCUAGUUCACUGAACGUGUGUGUGUGUGUGUGUGUGUGUGCGCAUCAUCGGUCCUACCGGAGUGUGUCUCGGUCCAGUGCGUCUCGGCCCGUUUCUCUGCAGGACACGCGUCACAUGAGCAUCUGUGUCAUACAAGUGUAAUCAAACAUAACAUUCAUUAACAUUUGCGUGACCUGCAUAAACUCAACAGUGUGUGUCAGUAAUAACAGAGAUCUUAAACUGUACUUGAAAUAAAAUAUAUUAUAAUAGAUGAAAUACUUAUUUCAGCUAGCUGCCAAGGCAUUUUCAUUGAAUUUAUUCAUUUUAAUUUAAUUUAAGUAAUAAAUUCAGACAUUAUUAAAUAAAAAUGAGAGCACAUCAUAUUUUAAUACAACUUUAUAUAACAUUCACAGGGGAUCUGUCUCUAGUAGUCUAGAGCUGUAGAGGUCAUCUCUAGGUGCUGAUCCUCCAUCAGAUCUGGAUCCAGGUUCAAGAGAUGGAUCUUUAAUCUACAUUUAAAUUGACAGAUUGUGUCUGCCUCCUGAACAACACACGUUGUUUUAUUAGAUGAUUUAAUAAGUUUAUACAAUUCUUCCUCUCUGUACUGUAGCUGACGGCUGAAUGGUUGCAAUUUUAUCUCUAAUAGUAUCGAUUUUAGAAGUAAAGUAGUUCAUAAAGUCAUUACUGCUGUGAUGUUGGGAAAUGUCAACACUUGUUGAGGCAUUAUUUUUCGUUAAUUUAGCCACUGUAUUGAAUAAAUACCUAGGGUUAUGUUUGUUUUCUUCUAAAAGAGAAGAAAAGUAAUCAGAUCUAGCAGUUUUUAAUGCUUUUCUGUAGGAUAGCUUACUUUCCUUCCAAGCAAUACGAAAUACCUCUAGUUUUGUUUUCCUCCAGCUGCGCUCCAUUUUUCGGGCUGCUCUCUUUAGGGUGCGAGUAUGCUCAUUAUACCAUGGUGUCAAACUGGUUUCCUUUACCUUCCUUAAGCGUAAAGGAGAAACUGUAUUUAAAGUGCUAAAAAGAGAGGCCAUAGUUUCUUGAAAACAUCACAUUUUUCUGAGCUGUUGGAUUUGCUGAGGAAUUGAGAUAUAUCAGAAGGAUUACUUGCAAAGCAGUCUUUUUCGGUAGAAGUGAUGGUUCUACCAUAUUUGUAAAGAUGUGUUCUGAUCCAGAUGGACGGUCGUUCUGCAGUGAUUGUGCUCAUGUUGCUGAGUCAGCGCUCUGGGGUCCUGAUGAUGGACGAGCGUCUGUCCGUCUGAAUGCCUGUCAUUUUCUCUUGUGUUUCUCGCAGGCGUCUCACACAAGCUUUUGGACCAUGAGUGAUGAGUCUCCAUUACAGACGCGCCUCACCACUGACAUGCCACUGGCGUCUGGCUCUCAGGAGAACUACAUCACGCUGCUGGUGUUACUGUGUGUGUUCGCCGGCGGGACGCUGGUCCUCCUGUCCAUCCUACUGGUCUUCUGUCAUCGCUGCUGUCGAGGAGAGCGACGCUACUCCAGAGCCAGUGAUGACCUGGAGAAAACCAACACCACAUACAUAGAGGAGAGUCAGCCGACACAAGAUGUCACUAUCAGACUCGAGAGCGGCGAGUCGCUGUCCUCUUCCAGCUGUCAUGGCGAUACGGACGUGGAUCACUUCCUGUCUGCGUCGGUCACUGGAAGACGAGUCUCUUUCAAUGAGGCCGCAAUCUACGAGCAGAGUGCCAAAGACCAGGAGACAGGUCGAAGGUACACACUGACGGAGGGAGACUUCCAUCACCUGAAGAAAGCUCGUCUGACGCACCUGCACAUGCAGCCGCCAGCGAUGAAGAUCCUCACCAUCCUGGAGUGUGAUUCACCAGAGAACAGCGUGAUGCUCACCGAACAGCCCUCACAACACCCAUCCCUCUCAAUAUUUCAGCCUGUGGAGCGUCCCGUGUCUGAGACUGAAGGAUUGUGGAGCGCUCAAAGCCCCAGCAGUGCUCUGCCUGGAAACACACUGAACACCAGCACUGAACACACGGCCAAACCAGCUCGAUCACACACCAUCGAGGUGAUGAACAGAAGCCUGCUGAUGGACAGAGAUUCCACUUCCUGUGCGGCCAGCGGUGCUGCAGGUCCAGCUCAGGGCACCAUGUUCCACUUCCUGUCUAAGCUCCGACGCCACACCAGCCUGGAGGGAGCGGGUCCAUUCUUCAGUGUCAAGAAAUGGAGACAGGACACCAUCCAGAGAGCAGCGAGUCUCGACAUGAGAGCUUCUCCGCGGAGACGUGCGUUUCAGAGGCAGCGGGCGGCUAGCGAGACUCUGGAUCAGGGAGAAGAAACCUUACACGCUGGAGUCAGCGACUUCUUGUGGCAAAAACCCAUUGCACAGCCACAGAAGGAGCCACCAAGACGCCUCUCGGCCGGUUCUUUGGAUGUCACCGGAGGAGCUCCUCCUGCCCUCAGCAGGUUAGAGGUAGAAGCUGUAAUGGAGCUCAGAGUCAACUCCGAUGCAGUGAAAGACAGGACUCCAACAUUGCCCCCAACCCAUGGACCUCUGGAAGUGGAGGAUGGGGAAGAGGAUGGACAGGAGAUGAUGGCAGAAGCAUCAGGAGGCGGCAGUGAAGAGUUUGGACCAGUGACUCAUCAGGAGAGUCUAGAGCAGCCCAACCUGUACCGCGACAUCUGGAGCCUGAGAGCAUCACUGGAGCAGUAUGCCUCCUCCGACCUGAGCAGCAACGACAGGGACUCCACUCGCAGCGAUGCUGACAGCGUUUGCUCAGCGGGAGCAUCGAGAGCGGGCGUCCCUGGCUAUCAGUCGCAAGACAUCGAUGAUGAUAUAGACGGGGACGGAGAGCUUCCAUAUGAUGACAUGGUCAGGGAAGCUGGGCAGAGGAGAAUUGGACACGACAGCGUAGACUCUGAGAGAGGAAGCGACGGAGAGGCAAACAACCGGAAGCUUCUGCAGAUGGACAGCGGAUACGCCUCAAUCGAGGCUCCUUGCAAGGCUCCGGAGGAAUUCAGAUCGCACGGGAGUAGCUCUGGAAAGACCGCAUCAGAGCGUCGCCGCUUUUUCACCAAUUCUGGACGCAAAGGCACAGUUUGUGAGAGUUUUGAGGCACGGCUGUUCAAGGAGGAGCUGGAAGACGAGGCAUCGGAGAGCAGCGCAAGUUUGGAGGCAGACACUCCCGCUACAGUUCCCCACCAAGAACCCAUAACCAAACCCAGGCCACGCUUCCAACGCAGAGACUACAGCAUCGAUGAGAAGACGGAGGCCCUGUUUAAUGAAUUCCUACGCCAUGAUCCCCAGUUUGACCAACAGGGCUCGCCCUCCUUGCGUCACCGGCACCGCUCCCGAAUCCAUCUCAGGAAGCAGUGGCAGCGCAGCAAACAGUACAGCGACCCCGGUGCCACUCGAUUAUCACCAUCUCUAGAGCGACAGCGCUGCUAUCCACUCCGCCGAGGCGACAGCGCCAACUACCCCUUAGACACACGCUACCACAGCACCUUGCCUCGCAUCGCUAGCGCCGCGGACGAGGAGGUCAGCGAGGGAGCAGCGAGUACAGAAUCACCCGAGCCGGGAAAAUCCGGUCCAGAGCAGGAGGAUGCUGAUCCGCUCUCAGAAACGGGCAAUUCUGGUCCAGACCUGGAGGAAAACGCAAACAACAGCAGCAACAACACAAGCCGACAUCUCUUUUCAUCGCAAACAAAGGACAACAGUGCCAGGCGUUGUGGAAGACCGGAGGACUUGGGAACAAAUGCUCAUCCCACAGAUUCACAUAAACAUUCACAGAUGGACUGUGGUGGACCAAUGGCUACAUUUAGUUCUCAUUUGCAUUCACAUACAAACACACUCAUGCAGGAUCCCACUAAUCCGGAUCAGGAUUCAGACUACAUACGUCAUGCUCUCACUGACAUCAGUCCGUCAGACAAACUGGCGUCCACACUGGACGAUCGGCUCUACUCCGACCUGAGGACUCAAACAGGGAGUCAAGAGUGUGCUGUGACCGUAAGCCGCACCUCACCAGAUCUAGAAGAAUAAAGAGCCGUUCACGCUAAGAACAAUAACUAUAACCAAGAAGUUGUAUCAAUCACUGACUCUAAGAGAACUGCGAAGUCCACACCAUGAUACAGAAGAGCGAUAUAGUUGGAAUCACGCUCUUUUCCCGCUGAUGAGUGAAAAACACAUCAUCAGCCAAUCUGACUUAAACAUUAGCAUUUAAUAUCCUCAAAAGACAAAGAGAACGUUAUUGUCCGUUGGUGUGGACACUAAUAUAGUUAAGUUCUUGUAAGUUUGGAUCGUGUUUGAAAAGGUACAGCACCACCAAUGGGAAAAUCGACUGAUGUCUGAUGUCAAGUCUGUUUUUUGGCUGUCAGUAACUCCUUUUCCAUCGUCAGGGUGCUGGUGCCGGGCAUCUAAUGUCCUCAUCAUGUAAAGAACAAGAACUCGAUCUAGAAACAGUGAUGCUAAUCUAGAUCACGCCCAUUAUGAUUAACGAACACCCCGCUUCCACGAACAUUACAUUGCACUGCAGCACUAGACACUUUCUGUUUGCAAUCCAAAAUGGAGCAUGCAUUAUUAUGAUUUUGAAAGACUUGGCCGUGAUUAUUUGUGGGCAGCUUGUGCUCGUCAGUUCUUUAUAUCCUGAAUCCUGGCACCAGCACCGUUCCUGUGGAAGAAGACCAAACAUCACAUUUAGAGAAAUGACAAUAACUCUACUUCAGUAGAACAUGAAACAGAAUGAAUACAAGCAUGCGGUCUAGUGGACACAUUAGCAAUAAACACACACAAGUAAA